AUGGCUGCAAGUAUACGACCACUGUUAUCGAACCCGAGACGGAUAUCAAUGGCAAUGACGUCGAGAAGAACAUAUUCGACGCCACCGCACUCUUCGUCGCAACAUCCACAACCACAAGCAAGCCAUUCCCCAACAGAGCCACGGCAGCCUUCCCGUGCGGGCACGUUCUACAAAUCCUUCGGCUCCCCAAUUCUGAAAACUUUUCUUGGCGCAUUGUUCACAUAUCAGGUGAUAUAUUGGUCGUGGUUGAAAUUGGAGAGUCUGGAGACGAAGAAGAACUUGGAAGAUGAGAUAAGGGGGUUGGAGACGGAGUUGGUGGUGUCAAUUAGGGAGAAGAAAGGCGGCGGGGAGCAUGAACAUAAAGACAAAAAGUGA